AUGGCAUGGUUACUUGCCAGUGGAGUCGCAGCCAUUGCUGCAGGCAUGUUUGCUGCAAACUGGGAUUGGUACAAAAACAGUCCAAGACCAGAUUUAGCUUAUCUGAGUGCCAUCAAACUCAAGGCUUUAGAUGGAUCAGGAAAGGAGAUCAUGGCCUCUGAAUUGUGGAGAAAAUCGGGUGCCGUCAUAAUGGUCGUUCGACGGCCAGGAUGAUUUUUGUGUAGGGAGGUACUGAUUAUCUGUCUUUGUAACACAUAAAAUGACUUACUGAAAAUGUCACAUAAAUUUCUUAAUUUUUAUAUCAUUGAGGUCAAGUGCAAUGUGGCAUUUUUAUUUUUCUCUCUUUAUUUGUGGACCACAAGACAAUGUAAACUGCGGUGUAUCAAGUUAGAUAUAAUUUUUCAAUGCCAAAAGAACACAGGAUAAGAGUUUAUAUACAUCUAGUUCAUUCAACUGCUUUAGUCUGCAAAAACCUGUAUCUUCAUGUGACAAUAUUAAACCAAGGUGAAAUGGUAGUCCUACUAGUAUAUCAAGUAGAUGUGUCAGUACUUUGUGAUUUUAACAUCUAGGAGAGGGAGGUAUUGCAAUAUAUGGGCUACAUACAUGUAAUUAUGUUCUACAGUCAAGGCACCUAACCUUUGCUCUUGGUUGAAAUGAACAUCUUAGUUUUUUCAUACAAAUCACAAUCAUAAACUGGGUACUCUAGAUUUCAUAGGUUCUGAGCACUGGGCUGGACCGUUUAGUUUUUCUUAGAGCACAGCCUUGCUUAUCAAAGACUUCACACUUUAUACCCUCAGUUUGAAAAGAGUCUAGACAUCUAAGAAAUGGUCUGCUGUCAUUAACUUACUUAUUUUCUCUUUCAGGAGGCCUCUGAGCUGUCCUCCCUCAAACCUGAACUUGACCAGAGAGGUGUAAACCUUGUGGGGAUAGUUCACGAGAAAAAGGGAGUUAAGGAGUUCCAACCUUACCUAAAUUCUCCAAUUUACCUGGAUGAAGAGGUAACACACAGCAGCUAAUGAGUUGUAUUGAAUGUAGUAAUAAAUGGCUUUUAUGAGGAGCAAUAGAAAAGAACAAGGCUCUCAGGGUCAGGGGUGUCACUCACUUUAAAGUUGGUACGGAAAUCAAGGCUGUGCUCUAGCAGAGUGCAGUGGCUCAUGUCCCCCAGAAAAUCUUUGUUAGCUUUUUCAUAGAAAUCAUAUGCUGGGCACACUGAGUUUCACAAGUUCAGAGCACUGGGGUCCCUUCAAUUUUUCUUAGAACAUAGCCUUGGAAAUGAGUAAAGUGUUAAGCUGAUAGUUUCAUAUAUUAUUUUUCUUGGUUUACUGUUGAAUUUGUGAGGAAAAAAUAUGAAUAUGGUGCAAUGAAUUUUUAAAAAGGUUUUAUCAGUGUACAUUUAUGUUCUGCAUUCUACAAUGACAGAGACUAGUCAAGACAAAUUUUUCACUCAGAGAUUUUUUUUUACAUCAAUUCUUUUCACGUCAUCAUUCUAAAAUUAUUAUUAUAGUCUAAAAGUGAAGACCACCUAGCAUAUUAGAAUUACAUUUUCAGCCAGAAAAUUUUGUGUGAGAAUUUAAAGCUCGUGGCCACUUAUCUCUUAUUCUAUAUGGUAGGGGCCAGUGACUUAUUCCUGUUAGCAGUCAGCUUCAAAUCACCUAAAUUUGUUCUUCCAGAAAUAUUUGUCAACUCUCCCCUUACUAUCCUUACAUGCCCAUACCACUCUCUCAAAAUACCAGAUCAUAUUACAGUCAAACCAGGUCAAGCGUUCCUGUCGCUAACAAACUAAUGGAUUCAUUAAUGGAAAAAUGAUUUCGUUUGUUGAUUCAAUAAUCCAUUCAUAAAGUGAAUAAUCCAACAGUCAAAUUGGACCUCGACUCGAUAAUUAAAUGUUGAUUUUGUUUAUGAACAAAAUCUACCUGUAUUUGCUUCCCUUUUCCUGCCGUAUAUGAUUGAGUUUUUCAUUGCCUUUAAUCAAAAUAACAGCUAGAAUAGACAGACCGCAAACGCAAAGAAACUGACGAAGGCUGGGGAUCGAAAUUCACCAAUCACCGCACAUACACUGACCUUAGUUUGACCAUCCUGUUUUCUAAGAGGUCAGGUCUGUUGCACUGAUUACUGGCAGCAAAAUGGCAUACAUGUAACAGUUUGUUUGGGUUUGAACUUCAGAACUCGCCCGCACUCGACCCUUAGAAAAAAAAGAAGAAAAAACAAAAUUCUGAGGUCGACUUGUGGAAAGUGUAGUUUUUUCAAAAAACGGUAAUCGAAUCAACAUUCGAUUAUGGAAGCGAGGCUAAAUAUGAAUAUUGGAUUGUUCAUUUUAUGAAUGGAUUAUUGAAUCAACGAACAAAAUCAUUCUUCCGUUAAUGAAUUGAUUAGUUCGUUAGCGAUGGGAACGCUUGACCUGGUUUGACUGUAAGUUCAUAUGUUGUUCAAAAAAAUUGGCCUUUAAAAUUCCCCUUUUCACCCUUUGGAAAUUCCAAAGACCCUUGAUAGAGUGGAUGUGGAUUAGUGGUGUGCUGAUCAUCCAUCAAAAUGACAUCUGAGGAAUGAGCACAGAAAUUCCAUAUUGAUUAUCUGGCCCUACUCAGAUCUGGGAAGUACUUCUGAUUCAUCUUGUCAUGAGGAAAUUUGCUUCAAACAAAUUAGAGGUACUACCCAGAUCUGGGUAGUGACACAUCAUCAGUAUGGAAUUUCUGUGCUUGUUCCUCAACGUCAUUUCGUGAGAAAACUAAAGGUGGUGUCACAAAAUGUCGGCUUUUUUUUCAUGCUACUGUAAUCUGGUUUUAAUUGUUUUCAUACUUUGACUCUUUCAGAGAAAGUUUUAUGGUCCUGAGCAGAGAUGGAUGUUUCUUAGUGGUAAGCUGAAUGAUCCUUUUUUCAAUCUUUUUUUACAACUCAGGCAGUAAAACACCAGGAUGCCUACUCUUUUUCAAGUUUAUUUGCCCUUUCUAAUUGACAGAUGUAGUUACCAAAAAUUUGAUUACUAGUUCUUUAUAUUUGGACUUAAUGUUUCCACACCCCUAGUCAUAGGUAGACUUGUCACAUAUUCAGAGGUGACAGUCUGUCCUUUGCUCCCUAUGUCACAUAAAGAAGUUUCAUUUUGAGUAUGAUGGUCCGGGUGAAUGUGGUCUUGAAUAGGACUGUUGUUGUUGACAGUGACUGACGUUUUUGACAAACUGUACAGUAGUCAUGUUUAGAGUGAAAGUGAGUUGUAUCAACCAUUAAAGGCUUCCUUUUCUGUGUGAAUUGAAGAAAAUAAACAAAAAUAGGAGACAUUUUAGCCUGGGUGGCAGGCGUUCAAAACGGAAGGGGAAGGCAACUAGGGCGCGAGACCACGCGCGAGGGAGGAGGGAAGAGGGUUCCUUUCCUUUCUCCCUCGCGCGCCCCACACGCUCUCGCGCAACCUAAUUCCCCCUUUCCCUUUUAACGCCUGCCACGCAGGCUAGAGACAUUUACACACAGAGGAUCCUUACAAUGGGCUUUGAGUUCUUGGAUUUGGCUAGCCUCCCACGCAGAUGUUCUUAGGGCUCCGUCACACUCUCAUGAUUAUUUUUAUGAAUGCAGGACACAGGUUUACUCUGUGGUCAAGAAAUGUUGUUUUAAUGUUGUUGUUUUUUUUGCAGGAUUUUUACGUCCCAGUGUAUGGAUGUCCUUUUCUCGAGCUAGAAGCCGAGGAGUUCAAGGGAACCUGGAUGGAGAAGGCCGGAUUUUAGGUGGCGUCUUUGUAGUUGGCCCUGGCGAACAAGGAAUUCUUCUUGAUCAUAAAGAAAAGGAAUUUGGUGAUAAAGUUGAUCUGAAAGAUGUUAUGGAAGCUGUUAAGAAAAUUUAAUUAACUGCAGAAAAAACCUCAUUUGUAAUCAUCAGCCUCUCUGCUUGACUCAAUAUUCGCUGAAGUGGCCGAACCCCUAAUUUCUUUGCUACGGAAUGAGGCGUACACAGCCGAUAGUAAUUUUCCUAGCGCGAGAUUCAUUGUUAUAAUUUGAACUACAUCAGCUGGUAGCAGGCAAGUCAACCAGGUUGUAAUGAUUCAAGGAGCUGCCACUUGUUCUAAGUAGUAUCAGUGAUGAUGAUGAUGAUGAUGAUGAUGAUGAUGACGACGACGGCGUUGGAAAUUAGCCUAUUCUGUCCAUUACUAGACGAAGAUGCGUGUUGCUAUCUCACAUAUGACAGCACAGAUGUAAAAUAAGCUCUCUUAUUGUCUACGCUUGAAGUUUUUGAGUGUGUACAUGCUUACAUCUUGUUUUGGACGGACCUAAGAAGCGACAAGUUGAACAGGUUAUUGACAAUUAAAAAGAGAAAGAAAGACAAUGCUGAG